AUGGAAGAUGACUCACCCUGCAACAGCAGCCAAGCUCAAUUCUCAAAUCAACAAAAAGCCAUACUGCUCUACAUAUAUGGAGGAGUUGGUGUAAUAUCUACCUUGUGCUGUGUCUUUGCUCUCAUUGUGGCGGUUCGCUACAGGUUUUAUCAGGACAUAGUCCAGAGGCUUGUAUUGUACCAGCUCAUAGCAGCACUGGCUGUCUCUCUUAUCUGCGCAUUUGACAUAAUCUUUGUCAACUAUCACAAGAAUCCAGAUGUCUAUCAACCAUUUUGUGCCAUGGCAGCCUAUUUUAACACAGUCUCCUUGUGGACAAAAAUUGGAUUCACGUUUUGGCUGUCCCUGCUGCUUUUCAUAUGCCUGGUGUACCUCAAGCAGCCAAAAGAUGUGAAGAAGCUAGAGCCCUUGUACAUUCUAACCUCCUUUGGCAUACCAAUGCUGUUCUCCUGGAUACCAUUUGCUAAUGACCUGUAUGGCAUAUCGGGUGCAUGGUGCUGGAUCAAGAAUUGGGAAGGUGAGUGUGCUAACAAGAAAAUUCUUUUAGGCACCAUCGAGCAGUACGCUCUUUUCUAUGCACCUGCUACUGUCUUCUUUCUAAUUGAUGCUAUACUCAUUACUGCAACUGUCAUUGUAUUGCUGAAGAGAAUCAGACGUAAUAAUGUCAGCGAGGAGCAACUACUGUUAGGAGAGAAUCGCAAGCAAAAGCAGCUCUUAAGAAUGAUUCUACCUUUAUCUGUAUAUCCUGUUGUAUCAAUCUUCCUGUAUAUCUUUCCAUUCUCAAACAGGGUAUACUCCAUUAUUGAUGAUAAGCCAAUAUUCCCUUUGUUCAUAUUGCACGGUGUGACAGAGCCUUUGUGGGGCUGCUGUGUUGGAAUUGUAGUUACUGUUCACAUAUGCAUAGCUAAAAGCAAAAGAUCAAGCUCUGGUGAUACAGGGAUGAGAUCUGUCACUGAUCAUUACACUCUACCCAAAGAUUCAAUGAGCUUUGAAUAA